UGUCGCUGUUUGACAAAUGCGCUUCUCUCACAGCGGCCCCCCUUCACUCUCUAGUCUGCUGUCCUACUCGGUUUUAACGUUGUUUCUGCUGUCUGCUCUAUCCACAGCGUGCGCUCGAGUUUUCCGUAGGCCAGGAUGGCUGCCCGUCUUCUCCGAUGCAUGGCCCCGCUCGCAUCCAUGGCCCUGCUCCAAUGCAGGCGCUCCCGUAUAUCCGCAGGGCCGCUCCUAACACUGACUCCGCCCACUGCGCUAGGAACGUGCCGGAGUAAGAAGACAUGGCCCAAAACGUUCCCCGAGGAGGAGCUGAGGAAGCGAUUGACCCCCAUGCAGUACCAUGUUACUCAGGAGAAGGGCACAGAGAGUGCUUUCACGGGAACAUAUGCCGAUAAUAAAGAGGAAGGAACCUACCACUGUGUCGUUUGCGGUGCUCCGCUUUUCACGUCUGAUAAGAAGUUUGACUCCGGAUCAGGAUGGCCGUCCUUUUUUGAUUUGAUCAAUAAGGACACUAUAAAAUUAACGGACGACUUUUCCUACGGGAUGCACCGAGUGGAGACAACCUGCAGUCAGUGUGGUGCUCACCUGGGCCACCUCUUUGAUGAUGGACCUCGACCAACAAAGAAACGCUACUGCAUAAACUCCGCCUCCCUCAAUUUCCAGUCGAAAAACAGUGCCUCUAAGGAGGUGGAAGCAUCUGGGGGAGCAGGUCAAUCUCCAUCUUCUAGUAAGAGUGGAGAACUUUAAUAGGACUUGAAAUAGAUCAAACAGAUGUCACGCUACUCCAAAUUCACAACCGUACUAUAAA